AUGUCGACGCGAGAUCCACUCUUGCCUGCGUCGGCAGGCGAGGAGCGGGGCGCGAAGGCGCCCGGAGCGCCGGAAACCGGCGGGAACGUCGCAUUGCAUCUAGGACGGAGGAGGUCGCACGAGCCGGGUCGCACGGCCGACCGCGCGGGCUCCGGCGACGGCGCCGUCAGCGAGUCCGACGUCUCCACGUCCGGCGCGUGGCACCACUCGGGCCACCAGAGCCAGCACGGCGAGGCGGACCCGGCCGGACCCGAGCCGCGGUCGAAUCUGUCCUCCGCCACGUCCUCGUCGCCGCGCAACAGCCCCUUCUUCUCCACGCAGGAGGUCGUCCAGGGCUUCGGGGCCCUCGACGACCUCCUGCGCGUCCUCGAGCAGCUCGGGUCGCAACCGUCCACCCGCAGCUCUGAAGGGUCCGUGCAGCCCGAGGCCCGUGCGUCCGGCUCCGGCUCCGCGGCGGGCUCCGCGAGCGCCGUCCCGGUGCCCAAGGGCUCCAAGGGCGCCGCGGGAAAGAACCUCGCCCAGCGCAUGAUCCACAAGCAGCGGUCCAACCGCCGCGCCAUCAUGCUCACCGACGCCCAGCAGCGCCUCACGCUCGAGCUGGAGCUCUUCAAGCACCAGGUCGAGCGCGGCCUGCGGAGCCGCGAGGGCGCCGGCGUGGGCGCGUCGGAGCACGGCGCGGGCGCGGCGCUCGCGCGCUCGCGCACGGAGCACGCCAACGUCCUCGACGCGCUGGCGGGCGACUCCGAGGAUGACGAGGCCGCGCGGCGGCAGCUGCAGCGCACGGCGACGCAGCACGUGCCGUCCGGGACGGGCAACUCGGACCGGCGGGGCCCCUCGGCGCGGGCCCGUCGCAAGUCGAUGACGGCUGGCGCAAAGACGAGCGACGGGAGCCCGCUGCCGUCGCGGUUCUCGUCGCGGCGGCCGUCGCUGCAGGAGAGCUCGCCGCACCACUCGUCGGUGCCGGGGAGCUCGCCGCACGUGUCGCGGCGCACGAACACGACGGGCGCGAGCAGCCACGCGCACCACCUGAGCAGCAGCCACGCGGGCGGGUCGGCGCACGGCCUCGACGGCGACCGCUACGGCGGCGCGCUCGCGGCCGCGGACGUGCUGUCCGGGGCCGCGGUGGCGCGGGAGCGCCACGAGAGCGCGCGGACGAGCCAGCGGCACAGCGGGCGCGUCAGCGGACGUGCGUCCUGCGCGGGCCUCCCCGCGGCCUACUGCGCGGAGAUGGCGGCGCGGCCGGCGCCGGUGCGCGGGCACGCGUCGGGCGGGGGCGAGGCCGCGGAGGAGUCGGCGCACUCGGGGAGCGAGCACUCGUCGCGGGAGUCGGCGCAGGGCCCCGACGACGGCGCGGGCGUGCUCGAGACGCUGAUGGAGAUUGCCGACGCCGUGCUGCAGAUGGACGUCGCGACGUUCGAGCAGCAGUACCGCGGGCUCGUGAGCCGGCUCGAGAAGCUCCGCCGCGUGUGCCUGGAGCGGCCGAACCGCCUGCUGACGACGAAGCUGCUGGUGAUUCUGACGGGGUUCUCUAGGUUUAUAUCUCUGGGCAAGGCGGACGGGACGGUGAGCCCCGGCGGCGUGGCGCGGGGCUCCGGCGACGGCACCAGCGAGCAGGCGGCGCCGCGGCACCGGCUGGCGCGUGGGAGCGGGAUGGCGGCGGGCGGGGUGCAGCGGAUGGCGACGGCGUCCGACAGCAGCAUGCGGCGGGAGCGCGCGGCGAGCGCGGGGCGGAAGCACGCGGCCGCGGCGACGGCGGCGGUGCGCUGGGCCUCGGGCGAGGGCGCGCAGCUGUCGACUGCGUCGUCGUUCGGCCCCAUGGCGGAGGCGGAGCGAGGGAGCUUGACGGAGGCGGAGCGCACGGGGCACCGCGUGAUCAUCGAGGACCGGUUCAUUCUGUCGCCGAAGGCCGGGGCGCUCGGCGGCUCGCGGUCGGAGAUCGCGGAGGGCACGGCCUCGCGGCCCGAGCCUGGGCGGAGCCGCAGUCAGGCCACGUCGGGCGGGUCGGACGGGCUGGACGGGGAGGAGGCGACGGGGCGGGCGAGCGCGGGCGACUCCGCGGCGCCGCAGAGCGGCUUCCUGGUGCGCAUCUCCACGUGGCUGAAGCACAGGAAGGAGACGAAGGCUGCCAAGAAGGAGGUGAAGGAGCGGGAGAAGCGGGACAGGAGGGAGGCGAGGGAGCGUCGGCACGGGUCGGCGUCGUCGGCGGCGACGGGGGACUUGUCGCGCGGGUCGUUCUCGGGGCGCGCGCAGGAGGCGUCGCGGCACCGCACCACGGCGCGGCUGCGGCUGGACACGGUGGGCGAGGGCGCGGCGCUGAAGGUGUCGGAGGCGGACCCGGCGCUGGACGAGGACCGGACAGGCGUGCAGGGCGUCGCGGACGGGCACGUGGAGCCGGAGCCGGACUCGUUCAGCGUCGCGCGCACGCGGCUGUCGCUGGACAUCAACCGAGUGCCCAUGUCGAUGAUGGAGGUGGUGUGCCGGAUCUGCGAGAAGCUGGUGCCGGUGUCGAUCAUCUCGGAGCACUCGCGCGUGUGCGCCGUGGUGGAGGCGGCGGUCGGGCAGCACGACGCGGCGCGGGCCGCAGACGUCGACCUGGUGCUGGCGCGGUUCGCGAUGGCGCUGGAGAACAAGGAGCUGCCGCGGAUGAAGCGCGCGCAGGGCAGCUUGUACCGCACGAGCCAGCUGAAGCAGCUCGUCGCCAUGGCGCGCACGGCGUCGUCGCUGCAGCCCGACGGCACAGUGCGCCCGCAGCAGCGCCUGGACGAGAUCCUGGGCCUGCUGAGCCACUUCGGGGCGCCUGCGGCGCAGCCCGUGCAGCCCGACCGGCGGCGCAGCGUGUCGUCCUGGAGCGGCGGCGCGCCGCCCAAGAACGAGGACACCACCGUCACCAUCUGGGCGCAGAAGCUCAUCGAGCUGCUGCACAGCAAGGCGGACGACCUCAAGUCCGUCGCGCGCGUCGACGAGCGCGAGAGCAAGCAGCGCGCCCGCCCGGAGUCGGCCCAGGCCGCGGAUUACCUGUCGAUCAAGGACUUCGAGAUUAUCAAGCCGAUCAGCCGCGGGGCGCACGGGCGCGUGUACCUCGCGCGGAAGCGCAAGACGGGGGACUACUUCGCGAUCAAGACGAUGCGGAAGAAGGACCUCCUGCGGAAGAACCUGGUCGAGAACGUGCACAACGAGCGCAACAUCCUGGCCACGACGGACAACCCGUUCGUCGUCCGGUUCUUCUACUCGUUCCAGUCCAAGGAGAACGUCUACCUCGUGAUGGAGUACCUCUCCGGCGGGGACCUCUUCUCGCUCCUGCGCAACAUUGGCGCUCUCGAGGAGGACGUGGCGAAGAUGUACAUCGCGGAGACGGUCCUCGCGCUCGAGUACUGCCACGCGAACGGCGUGAUCCACCGCGACGUCAAGCCGGACAACCUCCUGAUCGGCCCGGACGGCCACAUCAAGCUGACGGACUUUGGGCUGUCCACGCGCGGCGCGUCGGCCUGGGACGCGCUCACCGGGGAGGCGGGCGAGGGCGGCGACCCGGCCGCGUCGGGGCGCGCCGGCGAGGGCGGCGACCCGGCCGCGUCGGGGCGCGCCGGCGACGCCACCACGCUGUCGAGCCUGAACGAGAACGCGGAGAGCGCGCACAGCGGCGCGGGGGCGUCGAACGGGUCGGACAAGGGCAUUGGCCCGCACGGGCGCACCGGGCACGCGGACGGCGAGCGCAAGGUCGGCACGCCGGACUACGUCGCGCCGGAGAUCCUCCUCGGGCACCCGCACGGCGUGGAGGUGGACUGGUGGGCGGUGGGCGUGAUGGUGUACGAGCUGGUGGUGGGCGUGCCGCCGUUCAACGCGGACACGCCCGAGGAGAUCUUCGACAACAUCCUGGAGCGGGACAUCGAGUGGCCCGGCGAGGACGGCGACGAGGAGGACCCGAUCAGCCCCGCGUGCCGCGACCUCAUCGAGAGGCUGCUGUGCAUGAACCCGGCGGAGCGGCUGGGGCACAACGGCGCGGGGGAGAUCAAGAUGCACCCGUGGUUCGCCGACGUGCACUGGUCGCAGCUGAGCAAGACGAAGGCGGCGUUCGUCCCGCAGACGUCCUCGAUCGAGGACACGUCGUACUUUUUCAACAAGCCCGUGUCGCAGAUGUCCAUGGUGGCCGACCUCGAGCCCUCGGAGGUGCGGGACGUCGCGCGCCCGAGCUCGAGCAAGCGGCGGAAGUCCUCGCUCAGCACGGGGUCGUCCUCCGUGAUGCGCUCGCGCGGCCCGGGGCAGUCCCAGGAGGAGGCGCGCGAGCUGGCGGCCGUGACGAGCAUGACGUCGGGGCCGUCGGACACCUCCACCGCGGGGCCGAACACGGGUCUCACGCCGAGCGCGGCCGCCGCGGCGGAGGCGGCGGCGGUCGCCGCGGCCGAAGCCGGACUGACGCACGCCACGGACUCGCACGGGCGCAAGGGCAGCGCGAGCACGGCCGGGCAGCCGGGCGGGCACGGGCAGCGCCGGAAGUCGCUCUCCGUUCGGCGGAGCGUCGCGGCGCAGGGCGGCGACGAGGCCCUGCGCGACCACCUGACGGAGAACCUCCUCCGAAGGUACCGCGAGCAACGCGGGUCGAUGGACAGCGCCCGCUCGUCCGCGUGGGGCGUGCAGGGGCAGGCGUCGCUCGACUCGAGGUCCUCGCUGGACUCGCGGAUCGCGCUCGCGCACGCCUCCUCGAUCCCGCGGCCCGCGGAGGUGCCCAGGCCGAUGACGUCCGCCGUGCACGAGUCGCACUGGGCCGCGGCAGGCGGGCCCGCGGCGGCCCGCACGUCCGCGUCCGGCAGCGGCAGCGCCGGCGCCGGCGAUAACGCCGCGUUUUUCUCCAGUCUGACUGGCGAGGCGAUCACCGUCGGGCGCGCCAGCCGCCGCCAGCGCACCACGGGUCGCCUGUCGACGGACCGCCCCACCGACCCGGGCUCGGGCCCGCCGCCGCGACCGUCCGGACGCGCGCUCUCGGGGCGCCAGUCCUCGGCGGGCGAGGCGUCCCGCAAGGCCUCGAGUUCGGGCAUGCCGCCGUCGCCCAGCAGCAUCACCACGCCGAACGCGCCCCUGACGGCGUCGCGGAUGUCGCGCGAAGUCAACGUGCGCCUCUCGGACGAGCACGACCAGCGCGGGGCGGCGCCCACGCUCGCGACGCUCCUCGGCGCGGGCAGCCCGCACGGCGUCUCUCAGCCCAGCCGCCUGUCGCGCAAGGCCCUCCGCGCGUCCCAGGUGUCCGAGGAGCACCCCGCCGAGCCCCCGAGCGCCAAGGCCAGCAUGUGCAGCGACGGUCCCGGCAGCGCCCCGCGCACCCCCGGCCCAGCGAGCUCCAUGGGGUGCUCCCACGACUCGGCCCAGCAGGCGCAUGGCACGAGGUCGCCUGACGGGCCCCAGGGCUCCGUGCCGCGGCGGCCGCACAGCUUGCAGAUCUCGUCGCACGCGGAGUCGUCGUUCGCGUCGUCGCCGUCCUCGCGCGGCGUGGCCGGCGACGGCAGCGUGCUGGACUCGCGGCCGAACAGCGCGCACCCGGGCGCGACGGUGCGCUCGAACACGUCGCGCCGCAGCCUCGCGAUCGACCGCCGGCAGAACCCGAGCUGGUCCGCGCGGCACCGCGCCGCCGUGGGGUUCGUGGCGGGCGACCAGGGCCCGCGCCUGCUGCCGCCACAGGAGGGCGUCGAGCGCCAGCCGUCGGACGGCACCGAGGGCGGGGCGCGCGGGUCCGGCAGCGACGACCCGUUCCUGCGCAACGAGGGCUCGAUGGGCGACGAGCGCUCGAGCGACAGCACCGAGGAGUCGUCCGGCGGGGACGCACACGGCGCGUUCUCGGGCUUCUCGUUCCGCAACGUGACGCAGCUGGCGAACCGCACCAUCGAGCAGGUCGCCGUGAGCGGGCACAACUCGCCGCGCUCGACGGGCUCGCGCGGCCUCGCGCCGACGGCCAGCGGGAGCCACCACGACACGGGUUCGCCCCAGCGGCGUGGGUCUGUCCAGGACCUCCCGCAGGACAGCUCCGCGGGCCGCAAAGGGCCCGGGGUGACGCGGAUGGGCUCGCAGACGAAGCGGCGCGGCAGCGUGGGCGGGCCCGCGACGCGCCUCGACCAGAUGACGACGAACGAGGCCGUGGGACCGUCGUCGAUGGCAACGGCGCUGGAGGCGCUGGGCUCGUUCGAGCUCGACUUGGACGAUUCGGGUCGCGCGAGCAAGUGA